CUACUUGCCAAGAAGGGAUGGAUAAUAACGUUCACAUGAGUGGGCUGAUGAGUCGUCAUGAUGACGAAGCUACAAGAACAUCAACUUCAGAAGGGCUGGAGGAGGGUGAGGUGGAAGGGGAGACUCUCCUGAUUGUCGAAUCUGAGGAUCAGGCUUCAGUGGAUUUAUCCCAUGAUCAGAGUGGGGACUCCUUGAACAGUGAUGAGGGGGAUGCAUCCUGGAUGGAGGAGAUGUCCUAUUACUGUGAGAAGUGUCAGAAGUGGAUACCAGCAAGUCAGCUGAGAGAACAACUCAGCUACCUCAAGGGAGAUAACUUUUUCAGGUUAACUUGCUCUGAUUGCUCAGAAGAUGGGAAGGAGCAGUUUGAACGGCUGAGGCUAACCUGGCAGCAAGUUGUCAUGCUGGCGAUGUACAACCUGUCUCUGGAAGGAACUGGCCGUCAAGGGUACUUCAGAUGGAAAGAAGAUAUUUGUGCUUUUAUUGAGAAACACUGGACUUUCCUAUUAGGGAACAGGAAGAAGACUUCAACUUGGUGGAGCACUGUUGCUGGCUGUCUUUCUGUAGGGAGCCCCUUGUUUUUCCGCUCAGGGGCACAGGAAUUCGGAGAACCAGGAUGGUGGAAACUUGUUCACAAUAAGCCUCCUACGAUGAAACCUGAAGCAGAGAAGCUCUCUGCAUCUGCACUGAAAGCAAAAGCAGCUUCAAAACCACCUCUGGAUCCCAUCAUUACAGUGGAGGGGCUGAGGAAGCGGGUGAGCCGCAAUCCUGUAGAGUCAGCAAUGGAGCUGAAGGAGAAGAGGUCUCGCACUCAAGAAGCCAAGGACAUUAGGAGAGCCCAGAAGGAGGCAGCCGGCUUCCUGGACCGAAGCACCUCCUCCACUCCUGUCAAAUUCACCAGCCGAGGCCGUCGCCCUGACAUGGUCCUUGAGAAGGGAGAGGUGAUUGACUUCUCAUCUUUGAGCUCCUCGGAUCGAACUCCUCUGACAAGCCCGUCUCCUUCCCCAUCUCUGGACUUCUCUGCUCCUGGGACACCAGCGUCCCAUUCAGCUACUCCCAGCCUGCUCUCAGAAGCAGAUCUCAUCCCAGAUGUAAUGCCGCCACAGGCCUUGUUUCAUGAUGAUGAAGAGAUGGAAGGAGAUGGAGUCAUAGAUCCAGGAAUAGAGUACAUUCCUCCUCCUAGUGGGCCAAUGGGUGCUGGGCCUAUGAUAGUGAGCAGAAAGAAAGUGAAAAUGCCUGAGCAGAUCAAACAAGAGGUGGAGAGUGAAGAAGAGAAGGCAGAGAGGAUGGAAGGUGAUAGCGAAGACCCUGAAGAUUCAAAUUCAUCCCUACAGGCCAGGGGGCGAGACAAGAGGAAGCCGCAGGUGGAGAAGGACAAUAAGCCCAAAGCUCCCAAGUACACAUCUGUUAGCAUCUAUGAGGAAAAGCUGCUUCUGAAGAGGCUGGAGGCCUGUCCCAAUGCUGUGAGCAUGACCCCAGAGGCCCGGAGGUUGAGGCGCAAGCUGAUAGUCCGGCAGGCCAAGAGGGAAAGGGGACUGCCACUCUUUGACUUGGACCAGGUUGUGAAUGCUGCUCUGCUCUUGGUUGAUGGGAUCUAUGGAGCCAAAGAAAGAGGUAUUUCCAGGCUGCCAGCAGGGCAUGCAACGUACAGAACGACUAGCCAGGACUUCAGGAUCCUGGACAGGUACCAGACUACACUGCCUGCUAUGAAGGGAUAUAGGCACCAGACAACAAAAUUUCUGUACCGACUGGUAGGCUCAGAAGACUUGUUGACAGACCACAGCAUCGUCAGUCCCUACACGUCUCGCGUCCUGAAACCUUACAUCAGGCGUGACCAUGAGACCAAGCCUCCUAAACUCCAGCUGCUGGCAGAAAUCUGUGCCCAUCCACACAAGAACGAUCCUGACUGGAAGGCUGAGCCUGAAGCACCCAUUGAUUACUGCUAUGUUCGCCCGAACCACAUCCCCACUAUCAACUCCAUGUGCCAUGAAUUCUUCUGGCCUGGAAUUGAUUUGUCAGAAUGCCUGCAGUAUCCAGACUUCAGCGUUGUUGUCCUUUACAAAAAAGUCAUCAUUGCCUUUGGCUUCAUGGUGCCAGACGUGAAAUACAAUGAAGCUUACAUCUCUUUUCUGUUUGUUCACCCUGAGUGGAGAAGAGCAGGGAUUGCAACCUUUAUGAUCUACCAUCUUAUUCAGACCUGCAUGGGCAAAGAUGUUACUCUUCACGUCUCUGCAAGCAACUCCGCUAUGCUGCUGUACCAAAAAUUUGGAUUUAAGACUGAAGAAUACAUUUUGGAUUUUUACGACAAAUAUUACCCCUUAGAUAGCAAGGAGUGCAAGCAUGCAUUCUUCCUGAGAUUGCGACGAUAAUAUACCACGGAUACACAGAGCUCUGUGGAAAACCUGAUAGGCUGAAUUAAGAGUUGCCAUGGAUUUCAGCUCAGGAGGUUGGCUGUUAGAGUGCAAUGAUGCCUUUAUCACUAACAUCAGCAGUGAUAUACUGUAUGCUUAAUGUGCAAUUCAAGAUUGAUUUAUAGCCUCCAUGGGAGUGUUGAGCAACAGGCCUGAGAGUAUGAACUGGGAUACAAUGGAAGGGGAAUUUCCUGCCCUCUUUUUGGAGAGCCCUUUGACAAACAAUUUGAGACUUCAAAGGGGCUAGGGGACAUUAAAUUUCUCAAACCUACGUGUGUUGCAGUGGUUGUGUGUUCAGUAGGAAGUUUGUGCUGUGCAGUAGCAGGAACAGGAUGUCAGGUGUGUUCGUAGCUAAGUGAGGUUAGAUACAAGAGCUGCUAAGUCAGCUCUUUGAAAUCUUUAAAUCCAUCCAUCAGUUGUUGAAGCUAUGGGCCCAGCCUUGCUGGUUCUGACACCCCACCCCCCUAUGCCAUAGGCACUCUGGCUUGAGGAAUCUUAGCACAAGAGGAGAGGCAGCUGAGAUUUGAAAUCAGAUCCUUGCUUUAUGGCAUUAACCUAUUGUAACCUAGCGGGAACAGGGGGCAAAGAUGAGGCAGUAACUUUUCUCAGAAAACCCCAGUCUGUGAUUGCAAGGCUCUAAACGUUACCGGGUAUGACAAGAAAAAUGUUAAGGCAACAAAAGAAGCAAACACAGGGCUUGCCUCACACUGAGGACCAGUCCUUUUCCUACAUAGUUUAGCAACUCCUACUCCCCUUUUACUGCAGGUGAACAGUAGCUUGACAGUUUUACAGUUUAGCAGGUCGUAGAUACGGCAGUCUGUGCGUCUGGAACAUGAACCACACCUUCUGCGUAGUCUUAAAGUCAAGGCCACAUAGCUGCAGAGAACAGAUGUGGUUUUUUUAAAUCCACCUUGUAUACAUUUCAGGUGCCUAAGUAUGGUAGUUGUUGCCUUAAUGGAGUCUGCCUUCUAAUAGGAGCAGAGAGACAGACACCGUAUCUGUUUCUGUACAGCCAAGGUAAGCCCUGCCUGAAACAUAUGUAAUUGGUACUAGAAAAAACUCGUUUUGAAACUAUUCGAGAACUAUCUGCCCCGCCAUCAUAUUUUAUGACUGUGUGUGAAAAUCCUUGAUGUUACUGAUGUUAAGAGUUAGCUGUUUCUGGAAAGAUCUGUCCUGGAGUGAAAUUAAAGACCUUCUCUUGGACAUGCCCA